CGGGUCCAAUGCUACCAAUUGUACUGGCCCUUCUACUCCUAGAAAGGGCCGCUUCGGCGUCUGGGGCACCGGCAGAGCCACUCCAAAAUAUCACCAUCGUUGUGCCUCAAGGCACGUCCGAUCAUGGUGAUCCUCAUCUGAUUUGUACACCUAUUUCAGCAACUGGUAUCGCUUUGUUUUUCUUGGAAAACUAUGUCGCGCAUGCUGCGACGGUGAUAAAACUACCUGGAGAGACUCUUAUAUCCACAUCGUUUGCUAUGCUUCUCGCUCUUAUUUUACCGGUCUCUGGUGUCGGUCGAGGCCUCAAAGCUAUCUACCAGGCGGCCGUGCUCCGGACUUGGAGGGAAACAUCUCUUGAAACCGCUAUCAGAGCCGGUGCAGUAUGCGAAGUCGUGAGGACGGAAUCAUGGAGGCCACAGAAUGGGGACACCGUACUCGGCCUGCGAUUCUCAAUACCAGUCACGAAGUCAAAAAGAAAUCCGAAACCAGCACCCAAAAACGGAGUUAGAUCUGGCAAUAAUGCUCCAACAGACGCAAUCGAGCUGAUCAAUCCUGGAGAAAGUCUACUUAAACAGCCGGACGCACCCAUCGCCGCCAAAGUAACAUCCGGAAGCGUCGUCUUAGGCAACGGAGAAUACUUCCUCCCGGAAAAGAGCUGGCGGGACUUUGGUGGCCGUAAGGUUCAUGGCGCCUGCUGGCUCCCACCGGGCUACGGUCUCGCAAUUGUACCGCCAGGCACCAAGAUCUAUGGAACAACGGGAACAGCACAACAACGAUUAUGUCCACAGCAAAGAGCACAAAUGGCCGAGGCAAUCAACUACGAUAUAAAACUUUCGGCAGGGCAACCUUUUUGGGACCACCUAAGAGCACUCCGAGCUUCAACUACGACAAAUGGAUUCCAGACAUCAUCGCCAGACAUAAUCUCGGAAUAUAACUUUUCUAAAAGCUUGCUGGCAGUUCUUCAACUUGUUUUUGCAUCCUACACGAUCUAUCGAGCCAGGGGAGACCAGAUAAAUCGAUACGGAUAUGCAGCUUUUGGCCUUACGGUUGUUCCUUACCUAAUCAUGUCCUUAAUCAACUUAUUCGGAAACGUGUUGACGCCAAAUUACUCUCGCGUUUAUAUGGUCUCAUCGGAGAUCAUGGAAGAAGCCCUUCAGCGACCCGACUCCCGCUUCGAAGGCAUCGUCGGAACCCUUUGUGCACCCCAAAAUGCCGAUAUUAACGAACCGUCCCAACCGUCCCAACCGUCCCAACCGUCCCAAAUGAAUAAGCUGCUAAGAGGCUUCCUUUCUAUAGAUAAAUGGGCCCUUUCAAUGACUUUUAGUGCUAUAAAAGGGUUUUAUUUCCUCAAUACAAAGGAGGCGAAAAAUCAGACAGAUCCAUUCGACGCCAUAUUUGCGCAGCAGGAUGGUAGUUUUUUCAUUCACCCUUUGGAAGAAAAGGAUCGAAAAAUCACAAUGGGGGCUUUCGGAGCUCCUGAUUCUUCUGAAAGCUACUCAGUAAAGAUGAAGAAGGAAUGGACAGAGUCUGGCUCGGAAUUUAUCCCCAGAGGUAUCAAGCCAACAACAUUCCAGCCUCUAAACAAAUUGGCAAAGCAGCUGGACACGAUCUUCCCGGGUAUGUUCCAACGAGGCUCGUAUUAUCUCAGCGUCCCUUCGACGUCGAAAGCCUCGGAAAGACAACUCGAAAGCGUCCAUGUGUCGCGCUCCGAGACUUUGAGAACGGGAAGCUUAUGGGUAGGCUGUCUCUCGCUAGUGCCAAUCGGCGCGCUGUCGCACUUCAAGGCCGGUGCAAGCACUAGUGCUCAGCGCGUCUGGACCAUGACGUGGCUGGUAUUGGGAAUCACUUUUGGAAUGGUGGCUUACCACCGCCUCGUGCUCGAGAGGAGUGGUAACCCCCUUGUGCUGGCACUAUGGGCUGUCGCGUUCUUAGUAUACGCCGUGCCUGCAGUUGGCGGCUUCGUGGUCGUGGGCCAGAUGCUUGCCGAGUAUGGAGACUGCAUUAGGCUUUACUGACUACGGAUAGCUGCAAACGGGUGCUAUUCACGUUGCCAGUUGAUUGAGAAUAUAAAGACGGGUUAAGAUGAUGUGUCUUGGGGAUCUUCAACUGGGAUAUCUUCUAGCGUGUCUGUGUAUCCAGUGUACAGGGUUCCGGGUUUCUUUCCGAUGGUCUUCAGGAAAUUACCUUAUCCCCUGUUUCUCUCCACUAGCUCAAUCUCGUCCGACUCCGCAAUGGCUGCGCUCGCAGCUGACGCUUCUAUAGCUGGUACCUCCGCAGCUGGCGUAUCCGCAACU